CUGGGCGACGCCCUGGGGUGCAAACUCUCGGACUCUCGGUAGCACCCGGAAGAAAGAGUUGGCGGACGGGUGAGCGCGGCUGUGGAGUCUGAAGGGGUUCACAAGAUUUCUAGGAUGUUUCUGAGGGGAGUGGGAGAGAGAGGUUCUGUAUGUCAUAUACUGUAUGCUCCAUCAUACUGUACGUGAUUCCAGGAUCGACCAUUUGGUGAUGACCAACUCACAACACGGAGGUGUGAGCAAUAUCAUUGACUGGUUCACUGCACGGGUUGGAUGUCCUGUGUUUGGUGGAGCCGAUGGACAAAGCCUCAAAGCCACGACAUGAUUGAGCGGAUCUGUGCUUCUUGCGCACCGUCGACCUGAUGCCUUGAUCACGCAAAUGUCUUGGCUUCAAACAUCCUCACAGGAGGGCAUUCUCCAAAUUUUUGAAGACCAGCAGUGUACCCGUUGGUUCGCCCCAGAUGGGGAUGCUUUGACGCGAGUGGCCCAAGGUCACCUCGUGUCGAGGGCCGUGCUUGGAUGGAGCGAGGCCUUCUUUUUGGGGUAUGCCACUGGUCUUGGUGGGCGCUGCUAAGCAGCGCCGACUUAGUUCCGGACAUGAACAUGGAGUUUGCUUCUCAGCUGGUUUUAGGCCAGGAUGAUGGCAACUGGCAGGAGGCCACACAGAGCCCCGCCUUGCAUGCAGCCGGGCUGCUUGGCUUCGGCCAGUUAGUCGGGUUGGGGGACACAGGCGUGGAUACAAAUGCUUGCUCCUUUCAAGAUCCCAGUGCCUCCGUGCCAUACCAAAGCACCAGCCCGGCACACCGGAAGAUUGCUGGCUACUUUUCCGCGGGUGGAGAUCAGGAGGAUGGACCUGAUGGGCAUGGCAGCCACAUUGCGGGCACCAUGGUGGGUCAAUUGCAAGAGUCUCAGGCGCAAGCUUGGCAAGUUCCACAGAACCAAGGCAUCGCACCAGCGGCGCGUCUGGUGGUGGUAGAUGUGGAAAAGAGUGCUGAGCCAGGGGUUUACAAUGUCCCAGAGUCCUCCAUUGAGAGCCUGUACUUCGACCACUUUCGGCUUGCAAAUGCCAACACGGUUUGCUCACCUUGGAGCUAUUCUCAGAAUGUGCAACUGCAGAACCGAGUCGACCUCUAUGUCUGGAACUAUCCCGAGUUCCUGCCCGUUUUCCCUUCGGGAAAUGUUCGUGCGGACUCUGCAGAGAAGGGACCUGAGUCGCCUUGCACUGCAAAGAAUGCUCUUUGCGUAGGUGCAUCUUACAACGGCCCACGCAUGUACCAAGAGCAGCCCUCCUUUGUGCACAGCGCGAUGCUGCUGGGUUCUGACAGCUGUGUGGGAGAUGGACGUGCCAGUUGUGCCGAGGAGUUGGAGGCCCUACCAGCACUCUUCGGCGCCACCAAGCCAAGCGCCCAGACAUUGAACCUUUGCGAAGCCGUGGUGGACGACUGCUUGAGCUUCCGCGCAGCCUGUCCAGAGUGUGCCUUCAACCCCGCCCGUUUGCAGGCCGUGGUGGAUGCACCAAUCAGGGCUGCCUCACCGGCGGAUGGGUGCAAUCCACUGAGCGGCUUUCCUUCUGGUUUUGUAUGCCUGGUGCAAAGAGGCUCCUGUGACUUUCUUCAGAAGGCCAAACGCUGCUCUGAUGCCGGUGCGGCAGGCAUGGUGGUGGUCAAUGGAGCCGGACAAAGCAUGGUGGUCAUGACAGGAAAUCAUGCGAACAUUGAGCAGUUUGGUCUCGUCUUGCCGGUGAUGAUGGUGGCCCACUCUGAUGGCAGCAGACUCCAAUCCCCUGGAGCUCGUGUGACCUUUCCAGUGGUCAGCAAGACAGUGGUUCCACAAGCGAGUGCGCCGUACAGCCGCUUUGGUUCUUUACCCGGAGGGCGGUCCAAGCCUGAUCUUGUGCUUCCUGGAGAUGGCAUCUCAGCAAACAAUCCAUCAUAUCCGGCACCAUUCAGCUUAGUUACUGUACCGGUUUAG